AUGAGGGUGCAAUACCAGGUGGCUGUGGCGGCGCCGGCGGUGGCGGAGCGGUGGAGGAACGACAAGCGGGUAGCGACGGCGAUGGAGAGAGUGAAGAGGAUGGCGGGUGAGAGCGCGGUGGUGAUAUUCGGGGUGAGCGGCUGCUGCAUGUGCCAUGCCGUGAAGAGGCUCUUCUGCAAUUUAGGGGUCAACCCCACCGCCUACGACCUCGACGAAGACCCGCUCGGGGAGGAGAUGGAGGCGGCGCUGAGGUGGCUCCUCGGCGGCGCUGCCGCCGUCCCCGUCGUCUUCAUCGGCGGGAAGCUCGUCGGGGCCGUGGACGGGGUCAUGGCCGCCCACAUCAACGGCUCCCUCGUCCCCCUCCUCAAGGACGCCGGCGCCCUCUGGCUCUGA